GCGGGGUUGUCCGUCGUGGUCUUGGACGACCGCCGAUGAACGAUACUGCAUAUCAUUAUGUACAUGUAUAGAACUACAUAAUAUGGACUACGACGUGUGUGGCAACAACAUUCAUCGUCCUACAGCAAGCUUUUGCUCUUCCUGAAUUAUGUUCAUCUGUUCUUAAAGUAAAACGUUAAUGUAGUUUCCAUGGUGAGGAUGGGUAGCCGGCCAUCAUCGACCUACAAUGGCAGGAAUGGAACUAUGGCAAACGAAUCUGAAACUGCAUUAAGAACAGAGAAUACUCAGCUUAAAGACAAGCUUAACGCAUUGAAGGAAUUUGACCCAGUCAGAAUUCAACAAGAAAAUGAGGAACUACGAAGAAUCAACAAAGAUCUAAACGAACAACUGGAGGAGCUUCGAAUAUCCACACCAGCAUCAAGACCCUCAGACACAGAUUCAAAUGAUUAUCAGAGGAAUAACUCAAUCAAUUCUAGUGCUCCUACAAAAGAAAAAGACAGAUCAUCAAGAAAACAGAUAUCCAAAAUGGUUGCACAUAAGAUGAGUGAUAUUGAUGCAUAUGGCCAGGGAAUUCCGCUGGAAAAGCACCCUCCAAUUAAAAUAAAGAACCAUCGAAAAAAGAACAAGAAAAAAGAACCCACUGAAGAUGUUUGUACAGACGCCGUUGUUAAGGAAUUAACCAAUGAUGACGUCAUCAAUGGCGAUACGGCAGGAGGAACACCUUCUGACAAACCAACAGUCGUUCAAGAAGCUCAAGAUGUUUUAGAACAACCAGAUCAUGUCAACGCUGACAAAAAAUCCUGCCAAGAGAGUGAUCUGUUGUCUUAAUCGAAAACCAAGCUACCAACAAAACAGUUUGAAAUAAACUGACCCGAUGUGUAUCAACAUAAAGGACUUUUGCACGUGACAUAAGACAUUAUUACAUGUUCUUUAAUGUUAAAAUGUUGAAGCAGCUGCCAUUUUUCAUCAGAAGUUAUAAUUUGAGAGGCUGAGAGGAAACCUCAUAGAUGCACCUUAAACAAUGAUGAUUGAUAAGUAAUGAUGAAUGGAGAAGGUAUCACAUCACAUUAUAUUAUUGUUGUUCAAUGAGAAUAAUAUGCCAUUGCAAUCAAGCAUAACGAGCACAUUGACCAUCCUUCGGUGCACAUGCAUUUUAUACCUUUCGCACACAUUAUUUAUGACGAAGUCAAACCAGUACUCUUAUCCCAAUAAAGGCACUGGACAUUAUUGGUAAUUACUCAAAAUAAUUGUUAGCAUAAAACUAACCUGGUUACGAGCAAC